CUAACACCAUGCAUUCCUGCACAGAGCAACCCAGACGAUAGACACAAAGUAAUACCAAACAUAGCACAACAUUGUAUUAUCGGUACUCACGUACAUCCAUCCAUACAUCACACACAAACAACAAACAAACAAAAGCAGACAGCUACCAGACAGGUACCAGACAGCUACCCAACACCCAACACCCACACCGGAACCACAGCAGAGACAGAAAAACAGCUACGAAAAAAUGCGGAACCACGACACACAUCGCGGCGGCCUCCACCCGGUGGCGAGGGCGCUGCUCGUGCUAGCGCUUGCCUUCCCGAUCGUGGCAAAGCACGUCCUCGUCGACGCCGGGAGGAUCGUGGAACCCGUGGGCCCCGGCUACACCAUCAACAGCAGCAGCAGCAGCAGCAGCAGCAACAACAACAUCAACAGCACCCACACCAACGCCACGGGAACUUUUCCCGGCCCGUGCCCCAGCGAGAACGACUGCGGGACCUCCGGAAGGGAAGACUACCGCCGGCUCUCCGCCCUGCACACGCUCGGGGAAGACUCCCCGAGGGACCUCUUUGUGCCGAGGAUCAGCGAGCUCCUGCAAUCGAGCGUCCGGGGGCUCCUCCGGAAGCACCCGAGUUCCAAGGUGCUGCCGCGGCCGAGGGACGCCGCCUUUGGAUCGGACGAGGCGGACCCGAUCGCGGAGGCGGUCUUUGCAUCGAUGAACACGGGGGGAAGGCUCUUCCACAGCACGGGGCACGUCUUUAGCGUCCUGGAGAACUGCGGGGGACCCUCGGCGGAUCCCAUGCUGGUCCUGAUGGUCCUCUUCCACGACGUGAUCUACUACUCGGUCGAUGCCAACUUUCUGGAAUUCCAGCUGGACCUCCUCGAGGGCGUCCUGGCAUUGGUCGAAGACGAAGACGGGGACGACCGCAGGCCUUCCGAGCCGCUGGCCCUCUCCGAAACCGCCACGAGGGAGGACCCCCUGGUGGCGGCGGUAGCGGCGGUCUUUGGCGUGGAGGAGGGCGCCGUCCUGCCGGGAAAAGCGACGAACGAGUUCCUCUCGGCGGUGGUGGCCACCCGACUCCUCUCGGGCUGGCUGCCCCUGUCCGAUUUGGUCCGCCUGGCGGCCGGGAUCGAGGCGACGAUUCCCUUUCGGCCGGUGGGACCGAGCGGGGAGACGGCCCUGGGGGCGCUGCACGACCGGUUGUCCCCUCUGGUGCUCCUGCCGGGGAACGGGGCGGCAGCAGCAGCAGCAACAACAACAACAACAACAUCAACAAGACCGACGACCACCGAAGCCAACCACGAGGAGUGGAGGACCGAAACCCUCCGGCUGGCGGCGGCCAUGGGAAACUGCGACCUGGCCUCGCUGUCGACGCCCGACCGGGACUAUUUUUUGGACUCGACCUGGUCGAUCAUCCCCGAGAUGAACCGGGGGAUGCUGGCCCCGGGCGGGCCCUCGCUGGGGGCCUACCGCGACGAGUUUCUGGCCAUGGAGCACCGGACGGCCUUUCUGGAGGGGGCGGUCCCGCACAUGUUCCACUCUUACGGGGGGGUCCCGGAGGAGGCCUCGGUCGAGGCGAUGCGGGCCAGGACGCGCUCCAACCUCGGGCUCGAGUUUGGAUACACACAGGUCCGCCGGCUCCAGCUGCUGGUCCUCACCGACUUUGUAGAGGUCCUCGGAGAGGACCCGUGGGCCCUUCCCGGCUUGCCCUUUCUGUCCAUCCGGGAGGACAGGGACAACGACCGCCACAGCGAAGACGACGACAACGACGACGACGACGACUACGACGACGAGGUCCUCCGGUACCUGUCCAGGGGCCGGAAGACCGCCUUUCCGUGGGACCCGGCGGCCUCCCCGCUAGGUGCCCUCCUGUACCGGACGCUCGGGAGGGAGGGCGUCGACGCUUCGGUAGAACUCGCAAAGAACCACCGGGGGGAACCCGGGGACCUCCUCCGGGCCUGCGUCCAAGGGGCCGUCCUGGAGGUCCUCGCGGGGGCCGCGGAGGACCUCCUGGGCAAGCCCCGGGCCGAGAUCGAACGGGCCCUGGGCCACCACGGGCUGGUCCGGAACGGAGGGGCGGCCGCAGCCUCGUAGGUGGCUGUGUUGGGCCGGGAAGGGCCCGCACCACGGAACGACCGGGCACACCACCCAACCACGGGUUUGCUGCGGUUUUCCCGAUCUGUACUGUUACUACUGUAUUCUAAUGUUCUAGCUAGAUCAAAUCAAAACACCAUGUAAAGUAAACUAAUAAAUAAAAUCCUGUGCUGUGCUGUGCUGUGCAAAUAUCAAAUCAUACCUUCCGGGAGGUACUGUUCUCUUUUUCGGGACGCCGAUCUCCCAUCGCUCGGACGAAGGCCUUGGUCCUAGUGGGUGCAACGGCUCACAUCCGCCGCAUUCGCGCUUGGGCCACCAAUUCGAAACGGGGGUGCGUGGCAGCGCGCCUUGCUCAGAGGUACAUGUCCCAGCUAAACUUUUCCUUUCCAAGGAGGAUGGGCAAGUAGAUCACCACCAUCGGAAUGGUAAAACAAAAGCACAACAUGAAGACAAUUUGCACGAUGACCACCGCAUUGCCAGAAUCCUCGCUGCAGCCCAGGCCUCCCACUGUUGGCGAGAAGACACGGUGUAAAGCGCGACGCGGCGAUGCACGGGGAUUUGGCAGCGGCGGGCGGUUCCGUGAGAAAUUUCAAAACGU